AUGCCGUCUAGAACUGUCAAUCGUCCUAUGGACCCUAAGCAAAAGGAAAAGGACAUCAACCAGAAGCUGCAGUUGUUCGGAAUCUAUCAAGCUUUCAAAAACGGCAAGCUUCCAUCGAACAAACAAUGUGAUGUCGCCUUGAACAGUGCCAUUACCUCCAAGGCCCUGUCGUCGCCUUCUAAAGAACUGUCCAGCGAGGGCCAGACCCUGGUUAAGGAUCUCCGGGUGGUCAUUGAUGAAGCUAAGAAACUCUUUCUUAGCAAGAAUGAGGGCCAGUUAUUGCAAGACUUUAUCUGGGAAGCUCAAAAGAUUAGCGAAGCGCCGAUACAGCCAAAUGUUCCAGUGAGCAAAGAAUCAGCCCAGCAGGACGUCGACAAGGCUAUGGAAGGAUUAAAAACCCUGGGUACUCUCCUGAUCACAAACGGGGAGUUCAGAAAGCUCUUGAACGAUGCUAUGAUCAUUGCUCGUGACAUGGCUGGUGAUAUCUCGCAGCAAGCUGCCGACAGGGUUCGACCUUCACAAGAGCAGCUGUCCCAAGUCGACCAACCCGCUGAGGAGAAUGUCUGGCACGAGAAGCCUGAUAUCCCCAAGAACCAGCUCAAGUCUCGCGUUCAGAAAAGCAAGGAGGAAGCUGGUGAUGUAGCAAACACUGCAACACAAUCUGCAACAGGUGGCCAGGAUCCUGCCACUGCCAAGGAUGUCGAUGCCCAGGCUGGCGUCAGUUCGGCAGCCCAGAAGGCCAAAGAGAAGGUCCCAGAGGAUGUCUCUGAAGAAGCGAAGAGUCGGGCCCAGGAGCUCAAGGAGCGGACUCGUAGCUACAUGGAGCAGAAAAUGCCUAAGGAGAGACGCGAGCAAGUUAUCUGGCGAUUGAAGAAGAUGGUUAUUGAAAUCCAGGGUCAUCCUGAUUACCAGCAAGCUGUUGGCACGCUCCUUUCUCUCGCUGAGAAGUACGGUCGCCACGGCAGAGACAUUUCCCAACAAGGUGCUGGAACCACAAAGGAAUUUCGUGGCAAUGAGAAAGUCAGAUCGAUGGAAGCCAAUCUCAAGACUCUCAUUGAACGAUUUGCAAACAGCACGUCCUUGGAUGAUUUCUUCGAUUCCCUCGACAAAAUCUACCGUGAUGCAGACAGGGACCCGGAACUUAGAGGCUGGUUCAAGAACAUGGACACUUUCAUCAGGAAAGCAUUGCAGGAACAAGGCUACAUCAUGCAGGAGGACUGCGACCGUGAAUGGGACCGAUUGUACGAUCACGGUCGUUACCUGUUGCGCGACCGCUACAAGGACCAUACCGAUCGGAUCCUUGAUGAGAUUAGAUUCCUAGGCGAUCAGUUCAAUCAAGACCCUCAGAAUCGAGCAUUCCGCUCAGCUUUGGAGAAACUCUUCAAUGACCUUGGUCGAGACGCUAGUGGCAAUGUUGCUUUCAAGAAGCACCUGCUUAAGGAUAUCAGAGAUGUCAUCUUGCCUUCGGUCUUUGAGAACGUUCGCUAUGUCCCUGUGCCUCGCAUUGAGGUGUCCGAUCCGAUGGCCGACGUGGUUGUUGAGAAUCUCGUCAUCGAGAGUGACAAUCUGAUGCCGAAUGUCGUGGAAUUUGGUAGUGAUAAUUAUUUCCGCUGGGGUCGGAAGAGCAUCAGUAACAAGAGAGACAACAAGAUCAUGAUCUCCGCAUCGGGUAUUCAAGCCGACCUAAGAGAUGUCAGUUACUAUAUCAAGAAGAAGCAAGGAUUCCCUUCAAUCACAGACAAGGGUGUCAUGGACAUCUUCCUCGGUAACGAGGGCUUUGGUUUCAAGAUCGCGGCCUCCACGGCCCAUAAGGAGGACCGUCAGCACUUUGUCAAAGUGGACAAGGUGACGGUAAAGAUCCACGAUCUCGACAUCAAGUUGAGGAAGUCCAAGCACAAGAUUCUCUUUGCCAUCUUCAAGCCUAUGCUCUUCAACAUUGUUCGACCUACACUGGAGAAGGUGCUUGAAAAGCAGAUCCAUGACGCCUUCGUCAAGGGUGAUGCAUUUGCCUUUGAAGUCAACCAAGAGGUUCAGCGUGCAAAGGAAGCUACCAAGGAGGAUCCUGCAAAUGCUCCUAACAUCUACUCGCGCUACAUGGACGCUGCCCGCGCGAAGCUGACCGAGAAGAAGCAAAAGGCUCAAGAAAUUGCUCAGCGUGAUACCAAGAUCCAGACAGUCACUACUCUUCACGACUCGAUGUUCCCCGACAUCAAGCUCCCUGGAGUAGUCUCCACCAAGGCUACUGAAUACACUGAGCUCGCACGCAAGGGAGAGCGCUGGGAAUGCCCAAUCUUCUCUAUCGGCAGCGCUUCUGAGUCCAAGGACAUCCCCAAGCUCGCGUCCAUCCAACGCAAGCCUCACCAGACGGCCGAGGGCCGGCUGAGAGAGAGAACUGAUGGCCGACCCACCGAGGGAGCCAAUGGUCGAGCAACCCAAGGUGGUCAGGUCGGCGCUGAUGGAUAUCCAAAGACUGGAGUUCCCUCGCGUGGAUUCGCAGAUGAGAUGGACAACGCCUUCAGCAACGGGACCACCAACGGCCACACCAACGGUCAUCAGAAUGGGGCCGCUGCGAAGGUCCCUGCUGAGGUGCUUACCGUCCGAGGCACCCCCGAGGCCUUCAACCCACAGACCGCUUAA